AUGGGGCCGGGACCGGCACCGGGACCGGGAGCGCAGGCGGCUCCGGUGGGCCCGGCCCGGCGGCUCCUGCACCUGCUGCGGCCCGAAUGGCGCCGCUGCGCCGCCGUGGUGGCGCUGCUCGUGGUCUCCACGAUCGGCACCAUCACGUGUGGCUCGCUGCUGCUGUGGUACGGGGCGCGCGGCGCGGGGCUCGUGGCCGCCAUGGCCGCCCGCGGGCCCCGCCUGGCGCUGGCCACCGGCCUCGCGCUGCCGCUGCUGCUGCUGCCGUCCAGCGCCCUCGGCCGCCACAAGCAGCUCUCGGGGCUGGCGCUGCGCGUGGGGAUCCUCUUCUACGGGGGCCACCUGGUCACCGAGGGCCACCUCAGCACCGGCGACCUCGUCGCCUUCGUCCUCUACCAGAUGCAGUUCACGGAGGCCGUGGAGGUGCUGCUCUCCCAGUACCCCGAGGUGACCAAGGCCGUGGGCUCCUUGGAGAAGCUCUUCGAGUACGUGGAGCGGGUGCCCCAGGUGGCCCCCUCGGGGACGCUGGCGCCGCGGGACCUCCAGGGCCACCUGGAGCUCCGCGACGUCUGGUUCUCCUACCCUGGCCGCGAGGAGCCCGUGCUCAAGGGCGUCUCGCUGGAGGUGCGGCCGGGCGAGGUGCUGGCGCUGCUGGGCGCCGCGGGCAGCGGCAAGAGCACCCUGGUGGCCCUGCUGCAGCGGCUGCGCGAGCCGGCGCGCGGCCACCUGCUCCUGGACGGCCGCGACGCGCGCGACUACGCGCUGCCCUUCCUGCGCGCGCAGGUGAGCGUGGUCCCCGCGGAGCCGACGCUCCUGGCCCGCUCGCUGCACGACAACGUGGCGCUGGGGACGCGCGGGCAGAGCCGGUGCCACGUGGAGGCGGCCGCCCGCGCCGCCGGCGCCCACCGCUUCAUCGCCCGCCUGCCCCACGGCUACGACACCGACGUGGGCAAGCUGGGCGGCCUCAUGACCAUUGUCACCCCUGUCACCCCUCGCGCCGCCCUGCGGCGGCUGCUGCGCCUCACGGCGCCCGAGUGGCCCCACCUGAGCGGCGCCUUCGUCUUCCUGGCGCUCGCCGUCGUCGGUGAGACCUUGGUCCCCUACUACACCGGGAAGGUCAUCGACUUGCUGAGGAACGACUUCGACGCCGACGCCUUCACCUCCGCCAUCAUCUUCAUGGGUUUGGCCUCGCUGGGGAGCUCGGUGUUCGCCGGCUGCCGCGGCGGCUUCUUCCUCUGGGUGCUCUCCCGCCUCAACAUCCGCGUGUGCGACCGCCUCUUCUCACACCUGCUGCGCCAGGAGAUGGCCUUCUUCGAGCAGGUGAAGGCAGCCGACCUCGCAUCACGCCUGGCCCACGACGUGCCCAUGAUGAACCAGGUGGUGCCGGCCAACGCCAACAUCUUCCUGCGCAACCUCGUCAAGGCCCUGGUGCUCCUGGCCUUCAUGGGGAGGCUCUCGUGGCGCCUCACGGUGCUGGCGCUGGUCGAGGUGCCGCUCGCCGUGGCCGCCCGCAAGCUCUACGAGGUCCGCCACCAGGCCUUGCUGCAGGCCAUCCUGGAGGCCACGGCGCGCGCCAGCGCUGUGGCGCACGAGGCCGUGGCGGCCAUCGAGACGGUGCAGGGCUUCGGCGCCGAGACCGGCGAGGUCGAGCGCUACGCGACGGCACUGGACGAGACGCGGCGCCUCAAGGAGCGCCGCGACCUGGAGCGCAGCCUAUUCCUGCUCUUCCAGCGGGCGCUGCAGGUGGCCGGGCAGGCGCUCGUGCUCUACUGCGCCCACCAGCACAUCGCCCAGGGCGCCCUCACCGCCGGCGGCCUCGUCUCCUUCAUCCUCUACCAGGGCGACCUCAGCAGGCACUUGCAGGCGCUCGUCUACGUGUACGGCAACACGCUGAGCAGCGUGGGAGCCGCCCGCAAGGUCUUCGAGUACCUUGACCGGGAGCCGGCGGUGGCGCUGGACGGCACCUGGGCGCCGGCCACGCUGCGGGGCCACGUGGUCUUCCAGAACGUCACCUUCGCCUACCCGACGCGGCCCGAGGAGCCGGCGCUGCAGGACGUGUCCUUCGAGCUGCGGCCCGGCGAGGUGACGGCGCUCGCGGGGCUCAACGGCAGCGGCAAGAGCACGUGCGUGGCGCUGCUCGAGCGCUUCUACGAGCCGCAGGCCGGCGCCGUGCUGCUCGACGGCGUCCCGCUGCACGACUACGAGCACGAGUACCUGCACCGGCAGGUGGCACUGGUGGCCCAGGAGCCCGUGCUCUUCUCGGGCUCCAUCCGCGACAACAUCGCCUACGGGCUGGAGGGCUGCGGCGCGGCGCGCGUGGAGGCGGCGGCGCGCGCCCGCGUGGGGAAGGACGAGGAGCUGCAGGUGAUGGUCAUCGGUGUGAUGAAAGCGACGGCCAAGGAGAAGGGACCAAAACAGCUCCCGCGGUGA